AUUUUUCCGUAAUUUUUUUACAGGGUAAAACUGCAGCAUGGUAGAGGUAUUCUCUUGCGACGUUGCGGCUAGUGGUGAUGACGAUCACUACACUCCGUUUGGUACGAGGACCAGAUUCGUCGUCCUGGUUCUCGUCCUGCUAUGCUUGACGAGCGUUUGGUCCAACAUCCUGACCUUCAACUUCGCUCUGAUUUGCAUGGCACAGGAGUCGACUGCUAACGGAACCAAUGUAUUGCAAUCGAUUGACACUAAAUUUACAACGCAAGAAUCGUGGGCUAUCUCCGUGGUGGCCAUUGCAGCCCUCAUUGGCAACUUCCCUGUGGUGUCGAUUGUGAACAAAGUUGGCAUUCGAACAGUGUUUGCUGGACUUGGCCUGCUUAGUGCCAUUUCUACACUCAUGAUUCCUUCGACUAUCAGGGCCGGAUUCUAUUACUUCCUUCUCGCCCGAUUCCUUCAAGGUAUCGCAUUUGCUGCCAACUUCCCUGUCAUCGGAUCUUUCUGCUCUAAGUGGAGUUACUUCAAACAGAGUGGCUUGUUUGUGUCAUGUUUGGUAGCCUACGUACAACUGGCCCCAGCUCUUACUAUGCCUGCAUCUGGUGCUCUUUGCACUGCUUUCAAAUGGCCAUCGAUCUUCUAUGCCCAUGGUGCUGUUUCGCUAUUUCUCUUCCUUACCUACGGCAUUUUCUACCGUAACUCUCCCGGAAAGCACCCAUUCGUUGGAAAUGUUGAGCUGCGCAAGAUCAGUAUUGGAAAAGCUAGCAACGUUGACAAAAAAGCUCUGCAAGCCAUUCCGUACAAAGCUAUUCUCACCACCCCUGCUAUUUGGGCCGUAUGGAUCUCAUCUGUUGGUAACUUUACCGCUGUCAAUAUGAUGUUCCUGUUCUCUCCCAAAUAUCUAUCAACUGUGUUGGGAUUUGCUGUACACAAAACUGGUCUUACCUCAGCUAUUCCUCCAUUUGCUCAAUUCGCCGGCAAAUUGAUUUGUGGUGCGGUCUCCGACAGAAUUCACUUCCUUUCGGAAAAGAACAAGUACCGACUUUUCAACUCAAUUGCUUUCUACGGAGCUACGGUAUUUUUGGUUAUUCUGGCUUUUAUGGGUGAUGAGUACAAGAAUGUGAACAUGAUGACGCUGGGAGUUGCAGCUGGCAUUCUGGGAGCAACCACGGGUGGUUUCUUCAAAGCUGGUCCUGUGAUCUCUAAGCAAUAUAGUCAUUUCGUCACUGGUAACAUUUCUCUGGGAAUUACGACUACUAUGUUGAUUGUGCCAUUUGUUGUGAACUUCCUCACUCCAAACAAUACUCAGGACGAAUGGGGUUAUGUCUUCCUUUUCACCUCAGCUGUUCUGGUAAUCACAAACACAGUUUUCUGUUACUAUAUAACGGGUGAGCCUUGCGAAUGGACUAAGGACGAGUUUGUUCGAUCUCACACCUCGGCCAAGGUAGCCGAUGCACCAGCUGGAGCAGCCAACGAGCAAAAAUUCUAAUAUAUGACAUAUCUGUAGAUGUAUUGUAGAUGAAAUGAGGAGUGGGCCACUCACCCACCCCCCGUCUAGAGUUAGAGCAACGUAGAUAGUCUGAAUCAACUUCGUUCCGUCUUCCCCACUCAGACUAUGACACUUCCAAAGAUACGUAGGGGCGCGACGACCCUUUUUUCGAGUCUUCAUUACCGCCGAAAGCAUGGUCCAGGCUGUGCCAACCCUUUUGCUGAAAAUCCAAAACUUAAAAAUCCCAAAAAUCAAAAAUAGCAAGCCGUGGCCUUGUGGAAGCGGUAAAGAAGACAACUGGUCAAGCCCCUCAUUCUCACAUAGCUCUAGGUCUAUUCACUCAUCCUUUACUAAUGCUAUCUAAUUAGUAAAACUCGAUAAUUUUCUUAUUUUUCUAGCGAACUAAUUGCGGGGAAAUAGUGCACACAAGAGAAAACUUAUUUCUUGCACUUAAUUUCCUUAUUUUAAUACUUGUUACUAAUAUUCCCCACCAACAUUAUUCCCUUGGUCGUUACGUAGUAUGACAGUUCAGCUGCGUUUUUGACUUCUGCUUUUUCCUCGAAUGGCGGGAAGUGCAGUUUCCGUGACAUUGAGUACUCACACGAUCUCUAUCAUACUAUGUACAUUGUCAUAUUGUAUUCCUUUAUAUGGACGUUAUGGAAUGUUGUUGAUUUCAUUGCUUCCUUCA